GUCUUUGUUUGAGCAUUGAGACCCCGUUCCACCUCCAUUCUGCACGCGGAUCAGGAUGGCAGACCAACACGCGAAGCAAAUCGAGGAAUUCGGCAACAAUGAUGAUUUCUGGCUCUUCGGCUACGGGAGUCUGAUAUGGAAGCCGCCGCCCCAUUACGACCAGAGAGUGCCCGGGUACAUUGAGGGUUAUGUUCGCCGGUUCUGGCAGGCUAGCGAAGACCACCGCGGCACGCCCGAAGCUCCAGGGCGCGUCGUGACCCUGAUUGACCGCGCGCACUGGGACACUCUGACCGACCACCACGAGCCCACGGAGCGAGUCUGGGGCGCCGCGUAUCACAUCCCAGCCGCUAAAGUGGCGGAGGUGCGCGAAUACCUCGAUAUCCGCGAGAUAAACGGAUACAGCAUCCAGUUUACGCCCUUCCACCCGGCACCCUUCUUCACCAACAUAUCCUCCCCACCGACGUCCCCAGUACCCUUCGCCUCCCCCUCGCACGCGUCUUCCCGCUCGAUAACCGCAUCCACCACGAUCUCUGCGCUGCCGGAGCGCCAGCCGGCGCCAAUACAGUGUCUGGUGUACAUAGGGUUACCGGAGAAUCCGCAGUUUCUAGGCCCGCAAGAUCCUGAUGCGCUGGCGAGGCAUAUGUUGAAAAGUCGGGGGCCGAGCGGCGAGAAUAAGGACUAUUUGUUUGGCCUGGAGAAAGCGCUGUUGGAGUUGAGCAAGGACAGUGGGGAUGCGCAUGUGAGUGAUUUGGUGAGGAGGUGCAAAUUAAUCGAGGCGGAGAAGGCGGAAGGAGAAGAGGAAGAAGGAAGCGCGGAGAUAGAGGAGGUAGAAGUGACGGCAGGAGGGGUCCCGUUACAUAAGGUUGGGAGCACCGAGGAGCAAGAAGAGGUUGAGAAAUGAAAGUGGUAAUGUAUGGGAACCUCUAGUGAGCGUAGUAGUCGCCCCCGGCCAGAUCUCUAAUGUAAAUAUCGUCUGGGCACAUAAU